GUUGCGUUGGUAACGCGUCAACAACUCUGCUGGAGCCGAGGCGUACCAACAGCGUGUUCUAUCGAGGGUUGAUUUUGCGGUACCCCUAGUAGCUUUAGUGAAAGUGUAACGAUUGCUGGUGGAAUUGUGCAGUACCAUUUUAUUGAUCCCAGCUAAAGAACGACCUGCAGUAGAAUUUUGUGACUGAAAUGGGUCGGUAGAUAAACAAGGCUUAAAAAGUUGUGUUAUGAUUUGAUAAUUCAGCGUAUGUGAGGUUUUCUCCUAAGCAUGUGGCUAGCCAACGAACUAGGUAGGCAAACAAUCUUAUCUGCAGAUGUACGGUUGAUAACAUCUAUUAGAGUGACUGACUAUUGGACGUAUUCCGUUCAAGGGGAUAUGCGAGUACACCGCACAGCAUAAUAAUAUUGUCGAAAUUGUUGGUGUGUGAAAUUCAACCAAAUUAGCAGUGUUGAUAAAGCAGUGUUGUGUUCCAUCCAUAGCCCAGAAGUGAAAAAGUGAAGGUGCACUCGCAAAAUCGCAGCUACCAAACAUCAUCGCACAGUAUAAUAUAAUUACUGCGGGAAACUGAAGAUAACAACAUUAACGAUCGCGAUAUACCUAUUCAGCAGCAAGACUAAAGUGAACGAGCAAUACACAAAAAAAGGAGAAUCGCUUUUAAAACAACUUUACAUUUCCGAGACGAAACGAAACGAACUGGGCGACGACGAGACAUCGCUAAAUCGAAACGAAUUGCAUUUUAAGCUCUCGGUUUUGCUAACUUCCGAGCUGAAAACCACGGCACGUUUGUGCCUGAGAAAACAACAAACCAUCCUCGCGUGGAACCUAAACGCGGCAGCAUCGGCAGCGUGACAAUCAUCAGGCUCAGUUGAAAGCGAAAAAAACGACUGAAAACAGCUUCGAUCGAUUAAUGUACCUACAUAGGGAGAGGACUCGCUGGCUAGGUCAACCUACGUACAUUCGAAACUGAUUCGUUCGGCUGGCUUGGCGGAACAUACCUGUUCCAUCGAAGAUAGAUAGUGACAGUAUACUGCUGUUGCUUCCAAUCAGUCAGAAGCUCGCGUCAUUGUCGUCAUCAUCAAAAGUGGAAUAUUGUGCCCCUAUUGCUUGCGUUUGAAAUCCCGCAAGCACGCAACUUCAGUGUUACCGCGUGUGCGAUAUUCACCCGGGGUUUUAAGGGGUUGCGGGGGCGGCUUUCGCCUAGUUGUGGAGGACCUGUAGAGCCGCUGCCGAGAUUCCGUGGUAUAUCUGUGCUGUUCGGGUGGGUCGUUGAACGAUCUGCUGGCGGGGACGAGGAUUGAUUUUUGUUGUUUUUGUUUUCGUUGUUGUUCUGAAGCUCUGAAGUCCUGUUUUGCCGGGUCCAGUUCGUCGUACGACUGACGAGGUCGCGACGCUGCUCCUCGCGUGUGCCACAGCAAGCUAGCUAGCUAGCCGUCAGUUAGUUGGGAGGGAUACCUGAGUGUUUAGUGUUCAGUGAGAUUUAACCCCGAAAACAACCAGUUGGUCGGUGCUUUUGAGCUUUUUUGCUGGUGUUGUUCUCGUGUUCCGCGAUUGAAUGGCAACCUUACUAGUAGGAGAAGCUCGUUGCUGUAUAGCAGGUGAUUACAUUGCGCUCAGAGUGUAAUGAAAGAGUGAGAGAUUAUUGGCCGCCCGAGUGAGGCGAAUCCGCGCGCGUGAUAAAGGAGAUUCGAUAUGACCUCGUUCGUGUGAACGUGCUGGAAUUUUGCACGUACAGGAGCUACCCUUACAGUGUGUUCCGUGAUAAAAAUGUACCAGAAUGUCUCUUUCAGUGCCUGUAUUUAUCAGCGGUACAAGUGAAUAAUGUGAUUAAAUUAAUUAAAAGAAAAAUAUUGCAUGAUCGUCCGGGUUUCUCGAGGGGAGAAGAGAAUGACGUGAUUGCCGGGAUCAACGAAAGAAAAGCGAUUGUUCGAUUAAUACUUACGACAAAAGUAGUCCGAGAGUGUUGAUUUGCGCAAUUUCAUUAUUUCAACCACAGUGUUUAUGAAGGUUUUAAAAACGUGAAAAAUGGAUCACAACAAAACGGUAACAAUGGAGCACUCAGAUGAUCGUGAGGGUGUUACUGAUUCAGAAGUUGAUACGCGAAAUCAACAAAGUCACUACCAAAAUCAGUAUAAUGAAGAGGAUUGGUAUUCCGAAGAUUCCCCGGAGAGGGACCAACAGGAUCAUUCCGCUAGAGCUGACGACGGUGACUACGAAACAAACGAAGAUUAUCGAUAUGAUGAAUACGAAGAUGACGUCGAUGAAAACAACGACGGCAGAGAAAACGACGCGGGAGGCGGAAAUGACGGCAGUGUCUUCAAAGAAAACUACGAAUGUCGCUUUGAUGGCAGCUGGUCUGAUAACAACCUAAGCGAAAAACCAAAGUACCCGGACCCGGAAAAGGAAGAUCCGGACUACAUCGAACAGUACAAAGGCGGCGGAAACGAAAACGACGACCAGCCUCGAUAUCGCCAAGAUUCCCGGGAGCGGCAGAUUUCUCCGGCACCGCGUGAUCCCUUCAAGGAGAUCUCCCCGGAACCGCCCUCGGAUCUGGAGCUACGGCCCUGUCCGAUCUGUGCCCGCAAAUUCGUUCCGCCCUCGCUGGCCAAACACAUUUCCAUCUGCGAGCGAAUUCAGACCAAAAAACGCAAACCGUUCGAUUCGUCGAGGCAGCGCCGCGAAGGUACCGAACUGGCGUCCUAUCUGCCAAAGAACUUCGGGCUGCCCCAGGGUCAUCCGGCGGCGCGGGUUUCGCCUCCGAAAACGACAAUUCCCGUACGAAAGUUUAGCAAAACGCCGACCCCAGAACGGAAAGACUAUGGCCGAGGAUCGGACAACAUUAUGUCCACCUCGCUGACGCUGACCUCCAGCAUGAUGGCCACGACCAGUGAUGGAGAUAGUUUCAGUGGGGUUGGGGCAGGAAGCGGAAGUGGAGGCGGAGGAGGUGGAGGUGGAAGUGGAGUUGGUAGCGGAGGAUCCACUACCUCUACCACACGACCGACCCUCAAACGUAGCCUUUCUCAACAAAACGAACCUUGUCCCUACUGUGAACGAUGUUUCGGCUUCAAAGCAUACGAUCGCCACGUAGAAUGGUGCCGGGAGAAGGCUCUGCUGAGCAAAAACGCCAACAAUACCCAGUCGAUUUCAGCUGCCAAGGAGCGACUUCAGGCUCGGCUUCAGUACAAGGUGCCGCAAAUCAAAUCCAAACGGGCCUUUACCCGCGAUAAAUACUCCGGCAGUCUUAGCUGCGGUGGUUCCACCAGUAGCCUGGCAGAUCUGGACUUACCGCUACCUCGACACCGGAGCCAUCUGAACUCGAUGAGCUCGUCGCUGUCCAGCGAUAACAAAUCUGACCCGCCAAGCUCGACAAGAAAAGUUACCCCAACCGGAAACAAUCAAUACGAGAUGAUGAUUUCGAUGGCGGCCGGAAACAGUAAGUCACUUCCUCGGCCAGCCCCAACAUCCCUCCACGAAGAUCAUCAUCAGCAACAACAUCAACGAAAAGUUGUCCCGGCUAGGAAGCGCGAAAUCCGGGCAAAUCUCCUCGAAAAUGAAAACUACCGGAAUCAGGAAUUGCUGGAUCAGCAGCAACAGCAACAAAGACGCGGCUACCAGCAAAUCUCCUCGAAACGUGACCACAUGACAGAUUCCACGCAAGGGGGAGAUCGCGCCGAAAAGCUGGAGCUCGUGGGCCGCGGGGAGCAACGAGUUCCGCUGAAGCGUGGCGCCACCAAGAUCGUUAAAUGCAACAAGAGUGGUUACACCCCGGACCGUUACGACCCGUUUUUGUCUGCAAAACGACAAUUGGAGGAACUCUUCUCACCUUCGUCCACUUUCAACACAUCACUCCAGCAGACUGCAAACAGCCGGGCGACAACUCCUUUGACUCCGACAGCGGCCAUGACGAAGUCCGUUAUGGUUACACCGAACAACAAAACUUCACCGACUGUUAUAAACCACUCCAACUUCCGACGAGCCUUCUCGUUACGGAUGCCCCGGAAGGUUUCACGACCACUGUACGUCGAAAAGGCCAAAUCCAACAUCCAAAAAGGCAUCACCGACGAUGGGCCGGUUUCACCAAACUUCCUCAAAUCCUCCGAGUACGAUGAAAUCCCCAUCAAAUCGGCUUUCAACGCGCUACAGAUGGCAGAGAAGCCGAAGAUGCGAGACUCCAGUGCUACGAGGAAAAAUCUAAAGCUAGAUAUCAAAGAUCCGAACAUGCCUGCAUCAGAUAUCCCCCUCUCGAAGACAGAUUCUUUGGCCGCUUUCCUGAAAUAUGAGCAUGAGUUAAACUUGGCUGCGAUGAGCGAAAAAGACAUGAAAGACAAAAGCAACAGCCUGAGCAAACGAUCUUCCUCUCUCAGUGGCCCCGAGCGAAAAGAUUCGUUACUGUACGGUGGAAUGAAACCGAAUGUGGUAAAGAAGGAACCACCGCCUACUCCAACUCCGAAGGACGAUAAAACAGAAACAAGCGUCCAGGAUUUGCAACCGUUUAAGAAACUCCAACAAAAGCUUAUGCCUAUCAAAUUAGAACCGAUUAAUAUUACUUACAAUAGUAGUAAUAGCAAUGGAAGUACUAAUAAUAGCAAUAACAAUAGUAAUAGUAACAACAACAAUAAUAAUCACAGCAACACUAACGAGCAUUCGAGGAAAUCGUCAGUCAUCUCUUUGGACGCUAUUUUGGGUAGAAGCAGCAAACCCAAAGCUCCUCCUCCACCGGAAGAGAAAGAUAGUCCAAAAGAUCCAAAUUAUAUUGAUCCAAAGCUGAUCAACAAAUGCGAUAACCUGCCCAUAACUGGCACUAAGUUACUUCCUACUGAAUUGAUGAAAAGCACGAAGCCGCUAGAACUUUCUAUAGAAUCGAAAGAGCGGAUUCAACUGGUUAGUAACAAGGACAAACCCAAUGCAGGUGUUAUGCCACAUGUAAGAGACAACCGCCUCAAAGAUUUGAAUAGUACAAAACCAACCGAAUCUUACGAUAAACGCCCAGCAUUGAUUCGACAAAAUGGCGGCAGCAGUGCCUCCAGCAGUGCUACCAACAGUAGAGAAACUAGUCGAGAGGAGAGUCCAGCUACCCAACUACCCCAAGGUCCUCUAGUGCCUGCUAGGAAUCAGUUCCGCGCUGUGCUCGAUACAAAAUCUCAAUCACCGGAUUCCGGACUAGAACGCACCACUCCGAAACCUUCGACACCGAUUGCAGUUCAAAAGAAACCUCCAGAAAGACCACCACUUCCUUCGUUUGACGACUUUGACUUUGACGAGUUCAUUUCCUCCUUCCAGGACGAGCGACGAUCGUUCAAAAAUGACUUCUAUCUCCGAAACCCAAACUCUAACAAUAGUAACUCGAACAACAAUAACAAUACAAACAGCAGCAGCAACAACAAAAGUAGUAAUAGCAAUAGUUCUUUCAACCAAAACAAUUUCACCAGUAGUAGUUUUAUCGAUAGCAGUGUGAAGAGUGUCCCUAGUUUGAAUGGUAGUGCCCUUGGUAGCCCUAGCACUUUCAGCUCCCCUAACAAUCACUCUUACUACAACAAAAGCUUCAAUCACAACGCUAGAUCUGAAGAACCGACCAAGCAGCAGCAGCAAAAACAGGAACCACAACAGACGACUCCUCAACGCGAAGCGCCUCAAGUGCCCCGCCGCCGCAUGGUAGGUGGAGAACCCGCAAGCCAACCGCAGGUUAUCGGCCGCACCCUUCCCAACAUCCCACAAUCAAGUCCAGCGCCGGCCGCAGAAUCAAGCCCCCCAUUCCCACAGCAAACUUCCAAAUACGCCGCUGAUCCCGUCAAUGACAGCAACAACAACAAUCGGCGAAGCAGCAGCCCACCUGCGCCACCUUCCCGUCAAGGUAGCAACUACUCCAAUCGUUCUUAUCACCAACAACCAACACCACUAUCAGCAUCUACGGCAACGAAACCAAACACCACAAACUACAACAACAACAUUCACACCACUUCACCUUACUACAACAAUUCGACUCCAACAACUCCCGUCACACCAGGGGGAAGUAUCAACUCCCACAGCAACAACGGCAACUCGGCCCCCGGUAUCAUCUUCGACGAUCUUUCACCCACAGAGCGGGACCUGAUGAAGAGUGUCCAGGAACUGGACCGGAUGUGCGAGUCGUCCUCGUCGAUGUAUCCGGCCGAUUCGGACGAGAUGUCCAGCGUCGAGGGUUAUCCGCUGUCGCCGGGGUCGAUCCGGAGGGAGCAUCACCAUCAUCAGCGCCCGUCGGUCAGCGAGGGUUCUAAGUUUAGUGCCGAUUCGGCCUACGGCAGCAGUCUCUCGCGUCAAUCGCCAUCCGAGCAACAGCAGCAGCAGCAACAGUCGCAGCAACACUCCACCACGAUGCGUCGAUCCCAGCACCACUAUCGAAGCGGCGGUAACAGCAAAACCGCCUCAAACAACACUACUAGUCACCAACUCCAUCAUCACUUUGCCGUGCUGAACCAGCAGCAGGAUGCAUUCGACAAUUCGAGUGGAUCGGAGUCGUCCUUGCCACCGAUUUCGGCCAUCAAGGCCCAGAAGAUCGAAUUGCAUCCGGCCCCGAUCGGAUCGACGGCUUACAAAGAAUGUCCGGCGGCAGCGCUGCUCAAUUCCCACAUGUCCAAGUUUUGCCACGAGUGUGGCUCCCGAUUUACCAUCAGCUCGGCCAAAUUCUGCAUGGAAUGUGGCGUCCGAAGGAUAAUGCUAGAAUAGGGUUAGAUUAACUUGAAAUAACACCAUCCUCUUAAACUGUUUUUAUAGCCUACGCAAUUUACACGUGCUUGAAUUUAUUUUUCUAAAUAUUUAUCAAUUUUGCGAACAUCAAGACACGAAAAAUAACAUUCGAUCGAGAUAAUAGGUAGGUUAGAAGGAAAAAAAUUCUAGUGUCAUUCACUUUGGUCUAGUUCUGGAGAGCUGAUAUUGAAGUAGCGGCGAAAGGCACGAAAGCUAGCACAGUUUUGUGUGUUUGUUGUUAAAAUGUCUUCUAUGAAUAUGUGUUUUCUUUAUUUUAGUUGCCCUAAUUUUAGUUACCAAGCCCAUCUUAAUUUAACAAAAUCGUACGAAAAAAAAACAGAACAAAAAUUAUAUUAACAAAGACUGAAUCUGUAAGCAUCAAAAACACUGAACUAGACGUCUUAUCACAUAGUAAAGCUCCCCGUUUUCCGAUAUAAUUUAGAGAAGUUCCAAAAAGCAAAUCUUCAAGAAAAAGGAAACUAAUCUUUUAAUAUCAGUUUAACAAUCAACAUUUAACCCUUGAACUUGUAGCUUAUGUAACCCAACAUUUACUUGUGUGGUUUGGUAUGCGGAAGAAAAAAAUCUUUGCAAGACACCAAUUUUCCCUUUGCCUUAGAAAAUAUGAGAAACAAUUUGAACAAAGCACAGACGGCGAAGAGAAACAAACAAUGUUAAUACUCCGGCGAAAUACGAAAAUAAUGCAAAUUAACAGCGGAUAGAGAUUUGUAAAAAGUUGAUGCAUAGGAAUCGAAUGAACAGACAGAAAACUACAACCCAAUGAUUAACAUUUAAAAGCAUUUUAACAAAAAACCCUAACGGAUUAUAUGAAUAUACACACCUACAUGAUGAA